GGCCAAUGAAGACCUGCUGCUUGUUUUGUCAUGCCAGUGUAGGUUCAAUCAUUGCAUAUUGCAGCGUGAGAGGAGCCGGUCCUGUGUUGUUCAAGCUUCUCAUACUGUGUUUGGAUGUGUGUGUGGGGGAUAUUUUUUUCUGAACUAAUCACUUCCUGAGUUCAGCUUUUCCCCAUUUGGACCUGCUGUUUUAAGACCUUUAAAACAACUCAUUACUACUUAUCCAGUUAUCCAAAUAUUCUUAGUAUAAUACACCAAUAAAAUAUGAGAAAAAAGUAAUACGUGUGAUGUUGAUAAAUUAAUAACAGUUGUACAAUAUAGGGGGUCAAAAAUAGCCGAUCAAAGACUGUCAGAAAAAGUCAUUAUAAGUUUAAACAAAUCAUAAACAUUUAUAGUAUAUAGAAAAAAUUCACGGUAUACUAUGACUAUAAUUAUGGUGUCGCAGGUUGAAAAAAAUGUUUAAAGUCAGUCAAAAUUGUUCAGUGUGUCAUAAAAAAGUCAUAGUAUACUAUGCUCCACCAAUGAGUCAUGAAGUCAAAAAUAGUAUCAAGUGAAAAAUCAUCAAAAUAUCCAUUAUAUAAUCAUGGUAUGGUAUUUUGUAAAAAUUCAUAAGACAAUUAUAUCAUAGUAUGUUGAAAAAGGCAAUGAAAAAAGUUUGGAGGUUGGACAAAGUCAACCUAUGAAAAGACUCGGUUUCAUAUGUAAAAUAAACUUAGAUUAGUCGUAUUACAUAAAAAAAACCUUUCUAAAAAAUCUGUAUAGUAUGCAGAAAAAGAACAAGUCAGAGUACGAUAUGCCAAUGAUAUAAUUUGUAUGUCCAAAUAAAGUCAUAGUUUAGUAUGGUGGAUUAAUUAAUAAUAAAAUCAUGUUAUAGUGUAUAAAAAUUGUUAAUCAAAAUGUGUUGUAUGACAGAAAAAGUAAAAGAAAUACCAUGGUGGGAUAUGUUGAAAAUAGUCAUAAUAUUGUCUUGUUAAAAACUUUCCUAUAGUAUAUCAGUAUAAUAUAUCAAAAGAAAAGUCAUAAGUCACAGUAUAGCAUGUCCAAAGAUUCAUUUUCUCUUUUUUCCUCUCUCUGUUGCGGUCAUGGAUCAGUCUGCAUUUUAUUCCAAUGUGUCCUUUUUAUAUGUAGCUCUUCCUCCUGUAGCCCUCCUGAUUGGGGGGCUGUGGCAUCAUUGAACACAUUUGGUGUCACCAGCCACCUCUUUCACACUGAAGUGAAAAGCCAGUUCACUACAACCUGGUGUUUCUCAGCAUGUUGAUGUUUUCUCCUGCAGCUGCUGGACCUCCCGUUUUAUUGUGCACAGUUUAAAACCACAAGGCAUGGAGCGAAGGGUUUCGUUGUCUGUGGGGACCCCUGAUAGCUUUCUCCAUAUCGAUUAAGCCUCAGUCCAAUUAUUUUUCACUUUGCAAUGGAAAUUCUGCACUAAAGUUGUGUAAAGAAUGUAUGUUUUCUUCCUAAUGUAUACAACAUUAAUGCACAUUCAUAUGCUAUUUAGCUACAGACAGUUCAAUCUGUCGCUGUGGUGUCCUCCUCUCUCUCGUCUUUUCCUCAGAUUCAACCCUCUGAAGGCCUUGCAGCCCAAACGCCGCUUGCAACAAAUACUGCCGUCCUCGCCCGUCCCGGUGCCAAAGCCGGCGUCUGGGUCGGGGACGACUGCCCCAGCGGCGGCGGGGGCCGUACCUGUGCCCGCGCCCCCUGCGUGAGACACACUUCAGUUACAGUCUCAAGAGAGCAUGCUCAGUAGCUGCAGCUGCUGCUCCGGCAUGCACCGUAGCCACUAAAGCCCAGACCCGUCACACAGGCAACAUUUAUGCUACCUGUUUCUCUUUGUCACAGCUUGGAAAUUGCACAGAGAUCCCAACUAGCGCUCUCAGUGUUCAUAUUUAGCCUAGAAGUUAGCAUCAAGAAAAAGCAAAAAGCACAAACUUGUGUGUGUAGUUGUUGUCACACAAGUGACACCCUGAUGCACCGGUGUGCCCAUGAACGCACCGGCAACAUGUACACGUGUAUGGUCACUAGGUCCAUUUGUACACUGGGAUUGAAGAAGCCUUGUUUAAAGACUACAUGCACAGAAGAAACGGCUCAUGUGCUGUGGAAGCAUAAUGUGAUCACCGGUUCACCGCAGCCGCACAAUCAACAGCACCCUGUUGGUUACAAACACAAACCCGUUCCACUGCGGAGAGUUGCCUGAAACGAGGAUGUGCAUUGUGGUUUUAAAACGAGAGCUGGUGUGAUCUAAAAUGAUUUCAGAGUCUUGAGCCAAGUCUCUGUCUGUAACCAGAGACAAACCACAGCAUUAAGGAUUAUGGCUGCACUUCACCCCCUCACACUUACCAACACCUGACUCCACUCGGCUCCUACGGCUCUCCUCAACCGCCACCCACACGCCACGGUCCAGACACAAGGUUUGACUACUGCAGGUUCAUAGAGCUAGACUACGUCCCUAUGGAGACAGGCUAUAUGGUCUCAAUGCGCCCGACCAAAGGCUAUGCAUCGACCAAGUCGCCGACGAAAGGAUACGCUUCUACCAAGUCUCCGGAUCGCCACAGCCGUUCGACAAACUCUCCCUCUACCCCUCGUGCUCGACGGACACCAGCCGCACCCAGUAACAGAGAUCCCCAUGGCAACACAUCACUCAGCAGCAGCAGCAACUCAGGCUCUUGUAAAGGCAGCGACUGCAGCCCCACCAAAGGACGUCAUCAAAAGUACUCAUGUACAGACAACCAUGGCAUCCGGCCACCUCCACCAGAGCAGUACCUCACACCCCUGCAGCAGAAAGAGGUCUGUAUCCGACACCUGCGGGCCAGGCUAAAAGAAACCAUCAACACUCUUCAAGACAGGGACACCGAAAUAGAUGAGCUGAGAGGCCAGCUAUACAGGAUGCAGGAAGACUGGGUUGAGGAGGAAUGUCACCGCGUAGAGGCUCAACUGGCCCUGAAGGAGGCGCGCCAGGAGAUCCAGCAGCUCAAACAGGCUGUGGACACUGUUCGGGCCUCACUCAGUGAUGCAGGGGGGCUCAGUGGUGAUGAAGGGGUCCAGAGGUACUUUCAGGACAUCAACGCUCAGAACCACAAGCUUGAGAAUCUUCUACUUAGCAUGGAGCUAGCCCAGGCUGGAUUAGCCAAGGAGGGGGAAGCCAUACCUGGCUGUUGGACCCGUGUUGGUGGUUCAGCACCAGCAUCGGUAUCAGGGGAAAGUCCAGGAGGAAUACCCAAACCGGCAGUAGGAGGGAGGGGGUCUUGCUCCUGCGACGGUAGCCCAGCACGUUCUCUGACCCGGAGCUCCACCUACACCAAGCUGAGCGAUCAGGCGCUUGCGGACAGGAACGGCAACGCCCCAGACUUUCCUUGUCUUUCAGGUGAAGGCACCCAGGAUAGCGGUUUUGUGUGCUGUGGGGAUAGCAGCGUCCCUAGCCAGGCCGACCUGCUGUUAGAGGCUGCCUUCCUCUCCGAGGAAACAGCUUCGUUACUCAACUCCUACGCAAAAACCUUUUCCCAAUCUUUGCCACACUCUCUUCCACAACAUUUGCCCCAAACUCUUCCCCACUCACUGCCCAACUCUCUGCCCCAUUCUCUGCCGCAUACCUUCUCCCAUACAUUACCUCGCUCUUUCCCUCGCAAUGUGUCCCACUCUGUGGCCCAUACUAUGCCGCACUCCUCCACGUGUGAGAAACUGUACACAGGUGAGCGGCUGCCACCUUGCGGUCUCGGUGGAGUGGGUUGUAUGAGCCAUCCUUGCCUGUCCCACCACCACCUCUACCUGCACUCCCUGCGAGAGACAGGCAUUCAAACUGAAAGCUGCCCCGUUCCUGCAGCGGCAGGGUACCCCUCUGAUCUGGAUACCAUCGCGGAACAACGCACUUUCCGUUCACAGGCCUGUAGCCCCACCUCCACUUGGAUGUCUGAUGAGGGGGAGGAGGAGCUGGACUCCCUCACCACCACAGCUUCAAUAACCACAGCAACGAUGAUGAGCACAGCCACAGAGCCAAUCCCGGCCUCCAAAACCCCACUGGUCCCUCAAUUACCACGCUCUGCUACGAUGGCGUGUUCCAUGGAAAGCCCUCUGUGCCGGGCCGAUGAGGGAGUAGAAAAAGGGGACAAGCUGGAGAGUGAGAUGAGGGGGAAGGAAUCGGCAGCAACUGAGCGACAGGAGGACACAACAGUGAUCAGUCUGGCAGAAGAAGGGUCUACGACACAAAUGGGCUCAGAGGUGGGAAAAGAGGUUGAAGUUCAGGAUGCAGUAGAGGAGGUAACACCAGGUAAGCUGUGCGAUUUAACAGAGACAUCCGCCGGGACAUUUGGUGAGGUUACUUUUGGAAGUUGCUGUGGAGAAGGAACACAAGGUAAGACAGAACUGGAGCACCUUGGCGUUGAAGACAGGUUGCAAGAAGUUGGUCCAGCAGCUGGAUCAACCAAGGUAGAGACAGAAGAAAUUAGUCCUCAAGGGUUAUCAACGGAUGUAGAACCGCCCCACACCUCGCAACCAAGGAAAUCUACUUCCCAAGAGGAGAUAGCUGGCGUCACUAUAGUGGAAUUAGAUGAUGAUGACGAGGAUGAAGAUGGAACUAAAGAACAAGGUGCCACAGGGGGUGCCACAGCAGAGGCAGGAGAUCCAUCUGGGACCAUUGAGAAAAGUUACUGGAGCCGUCACUUCCUGGUUGAUCUGCUGGCAGUGGCCAUUCCUGUAGUGCCAACAGUGGCCUGGCUCUGCCGUGGUCCAGUCCGUAGUGGACAGCCCAUGUAUCAUAUAGGGUCGCUGCUGCGCGGCUGCUGCACUGUGGCACUGCAUUCUCUUCGCAGGGGUGGUGGGUUGAGGCAUUACCCUGCAGGCGGGGGAGACCUGGGCGGAUCGCAGAUAUAACAGGAAUUAUUAAGAGGAGUCUGGGUCAUAGCUGUUUGGAAGAUACCUGUCGUGGGAAAGGGAACCAAGAAGAAACGUCCUGCCCUGUAUUCCUCAGCAAGGUUAAUACCUUAGAGGAGCAUCAAGAAUAACACAUGUGCAUUCAUGACCAAGAUCUCUGGCUGAUGAACUCUGUCCUGUUUGGUCCUUUAUUGUCUCUCAUACGCUGGUCCUUGCUCUUGCUACAUAGACGUCUGCAACACUACGGACUUGUGUAAAACUGAAUGAGCUGGUUGAAAUGAAUGGUCUAUGCUAGGAUGUUUAACGCUGAAUGUUUUCUUUUUAAAAUGCUGGGGAAAUGUUACAGGUUAAUUGAUUGGUCAACCAAGAGGCUGUCUCUAUUCUGGCAUGUCCUAAUGAUCUUGAUGAGUGAGUACAUGAUAUAUGGUAUGCGUAUGUAUUAGAAUGUGUCUCUUUAUAACCAAAUGGCCUCGUUGUAUGCAGUGCACGAGCUGUACUCUGCACACUAACCUGCAGCAGCGACAAAGGGAUGAUCCACCCUAGUUCGGAUUUGUGAAGAAAAAACAACGAUGUAGACACAGAACUCAGGUUGAUUCUAAAGGUAGAACGCACCGAAGCAAGGCUGCCAAGAAGCCUACGCUAAAACCAUAAACUUAUGCCAGGCAGGCACUGUGCAAAAAACCUGUUCCCUCUAAAGCGGAGAUUUGGAACUAGAGCCCUGCAAUUUAAGAAAGGACGGAGUUGUGUUGUUUCAUAGACUUGUGAAACAUGAAAUACAAUCCAGAAAGUCUGCUUUGAGCAACAGAUCCAUGACUUUUGAGAAGCAUGGCUACGGUCAAAACAUCUGUUCUAAAAUGUGACUUGUUUGCAGCUGGAACCGGCACAAGAUUAGUUUAGCUUAGUAUGAAGACUGUAAGCCUCAUACAUACAGUUUAUACCCCCUAUCAGCACCUCAAUGAACAUCUUGCCUGUAUAAUUCAAACAAAACAUGUAAACACCAUUUAGGUGCUUGAACAAUUUUUUUUGAGUAAUUUUGAGAGGUGCUCAAUAUUGAGUUUUUUUGUGGCAAGAAGGUAAAAAAGUGCAUUUCCCAAAACAAUUAUUUUAUCUGAGCUUGUGCUGGUAUAGAAAUAAAAACCGAACUUUGUUGCAGAUCAGGCAGGACAGAACACGGGACAAGAAAAGUGUCAUGGUGUUUGUCAUCCUUUGAAAGAAAAACAAAAAUUGUGUAAAUCUGAUCUCUUGAUUUUGCUCUCUAUUAUUCCUUUCUUCAAAGAUUGAUUUGGCAACGCAGGUUGCUCUUUUGCAUCGAGCACAGGAUCACAGUUCGUCUUCCCAAAUCCAAGCAAAAUGAGGGAUUUGUUGACCUCCGGUGGAAAAUAAAUGGGAGCGCGCUGUCUUUGCUGUUUUUCUACCACUCAUGAGUAUGAGUAUGAUUUAAUGUCCUGAAAUCAAUGAAAGCUAAAUCACAUUCUGUCCCAUUCAGAGCCUACAUGCUUUCCCUUCCUUUACGUGGACAGUAUUAAAGAAGUGGACGUAGCCAUCCCGGCGUCACCUGUUGGUUUGUGGUGUAACAUUUUGUUACAUUUUGUUGCACUGGCAUCCCACUGCACUGAAGAAGACUUGAAACUAGCGAUUGAGACCAUAAACUUAUUGUUAAGGUAAUUAAUAAAAGUAGAAGUACGGUCACUUUUCAAGACCAGGAGGUACGUCUACUUCUUUCAUAACGUCUAUGCUAUAUGGCUUCUCUCAACAGUUGGAUAUUUUGGGGAAAAACACUUUUUGCUCUCUUGCUACAAGUUAGAUGAACUUUACAUUUCAAACAAACUCAACUAUGUUUUAUUCCGCUCAACUCAAGUAGGAAAUCUCUUCAAUUCAACAAGCUGUUAGAAGUCAGCGGCUCAGUUUGACACGCUGCCGAUGGGAGCGGCGUGCGUUGUGCUUAGUCUGUGCGUUGUGCUGUAUAUUUCUGCUAACUAAACGCUCUUGUUGGUGUAGUUAAACUGUCACUCUUGUAGUAUGUAUUUGAAGUCCGCUGUACAAGAGUUAGUGAGUCACUGCGAAUAAAUUAACUUUAUUUGUUUAAUAGGUCAUUCCGCAAAGCGUUUCUAUUCAUGGCGUACUACAUGUUUGUGGACACUCAAAGUGUAAAUCAAUAAGGGUCAUAGGUUGUAAUCGCGUUGAGGAUCAGGGUCUUUGACCAAAGGGGAACCUGGUGGAAAAUAUCUUCUGUUUGCGGAUUGUUUAAAUGUUUAUUUUUAUGUGUAAUAAGAGAAAAUAAGCAGCCUGUAAAAUCAAAUACGUUCUGAUAGCCACUCAUGAGCCAAAUGGAAAAAUGGAUUGAGAAAUGACUGAUGUAACCAGCUAAAUCUUGUCUGAAACCAAAUGAAUUGUUUAGUUAUUUUGCGAUGAAAUAAGCAGCAUGGCUCUUUUUUUAUUUAUUUUUUAUAUUUGGUUGACAUAUUUUGCACUAUUGUUCACUUUAUACAUUUUAAGCAAUUACUUGAAAUCCAGAUUGUAUGUGCAUCCAGAGUGUUGUGUGUCUACUGAGUCCUGAUUGUCCUGCAGUGUCAAUUCAGUUUGACAAUGUGCGGAUCACGUGUAAGGCAAAGUUAAGGCUGCUUUUUCAGAUAGACCCUUAAAAAUACCAUUAAAAUACACGUCAUUAUUUUUGUGAAUACUGUAAAGCCGUGGACUUUCAUUAACAAUACGAGCUAUUGAUCUCAGCUCUUCCCAUUUCACCAGAUUAUGUAUCUAGCGGCCGUACAGAAUAGUGGACAUUCAGGCCUCAACGCUUUUGUUUAUGCUACAUGGUCAGAUGAUGUAAUGGACAGACGUCAAUGACAAUCAUGAACAUCCUUGUCUGUGUUUGAUUCCACUCCAUCGACCUAAGGGAUCCACACAAAUGGUGUCGAGAUCUAUGAAAAGAAAGAAUGCCUUAGAGACCCACUCUCCGUCUCCUCCGUGACCUCAACAUCACUCUCAUUAGCACGAGUUGUGCACUUGUCGCGUUGUCUGACUCAAUGAGCCGCUCGGCUUGAGUCGAUAGGGAGACUAAAACUAUUUACUAAAAGCCAUAUAAUCCUGUAAAGGAAUGAGGAUGUGGGAAGCCUCCUCUCCACAUCAAUGUUUUGUAAUAUCUAAUGUUGCAAAGCAUGUGAACGAUCAUUUCAGAGUAUGAUAAUUGUACUUGGAUGUUAGUCUGCUGCCCAUCACAUGCCGUCGACUGUGACUAACACACGGGGAUGGAGGAAAGGAAAGGAUGGAGGAAAGGAAAGGUAAAUAUAGUGACCUCAGGAUGCUGCGUUAGGUGGUUCAGGUUAAGGAAUACAGGCUUGUGGGAAGCAGCAUCAUCCUUUGAGUCGCCCUCAUGCACAGCAGGCUACAGCUAAGCUGCUUAGGUUCAUUUUGUUAAGUUAUCACACAAGACUUUAGGCUGAGGGUUGCACACGCAUACAUUUUUGUUGUGUUAAUGCGUACAAAAUAAAAAGUGUGUUAGCACGAGUCGUCCAAACACUAAAUCUGUAAGAUGUUAUUUAUGCGCAAAUGGCAUUUCAUAAUUUUUUGCGUUAACACAAGCAAACGUAGACCUGGCAGUGGCACGUUUUAGACAUUAUAUAUCCUCAGUAUUCAAUUAAACAUCUGCGUUAGUACGUUUAAUGUAUGCCGGGGUUCGUAAAAGGCCUCAUUUCUUUAGUGCUCGGCGCGUCCUGCCCCUCACAUUCACCCCUCGUUUCCGAUUGGACGGCUUGUUACUACCAAGAGGCCGGCGUCCCGAGGGCUCCCUGCAGAACGCCGCCGUACCUCAUCCGGUUUUCUAUUUCUGUCCCAUAAUUCACAGUAAGCGAUGCGUCAGUGUGCGCUGCGUCUGACUGAGUGAUUGUAUUCUUUGUAAAUCCUGAGACACACAAGAAGCUGAAUAUGUCGGUAUGUUUAUGUCCAUUUAUGCUUUAUUUUCUGUCUAUGUGUUUCAUAGCAUAUGUAAUGAUUAUUAAUGUAUACAGCGGUCAUACCACACCAUUUAACAUACCAUUGAGGGCAUUCAAAGCCUUGUGUAGGGAUUUAGCUGACAUCAUUGAUAUCUACAAGAUAACCUAAUGUUAAUUAACUACUUUAAUGGCAAUAGUGUGUACAGUUAACCACGUCAAUGGGCUACUCCUCCAUUGACCCUCCCACCACUGUAUAAAGACACCAAAAGCCCCUAUAUUAAAGAGCAUGGAGGAAACGUU